AAGAGCUUCAAAAUAAGGGAAUAAUUUGGGGUAGAAAACUGGAGGGAAAGAAAUUUACAGUAAAAUAAAACCCUAACCAUGUCUAGGCGAAGACGUUUUAGGAUGAACUCUUCCUCUGAUGAAGAAGACAUCUCUGUUUCAGAAACCCUAAUUUCUUCAAACGCAACCCCCAAUCCCAACUCUAAUGAUCCAGUAAACACUUCUGCUACUUCAGAAGUUAUUCCUCUUGAAAUCUCCGAUGAAGAUUUCGCCGAUGUUCCUGAAGAAUUCUCUCCUCCAAGACCGAACCGAUUGCAAAAUCAAGAUCAAUCUUUUCAAGAUUCAGUUGCGGAGACGAUUCCCUCUCUUUCCUCCUCUACGGAAAGUAGUACUGGAACCACGAUUGAUAGUUUUCUUGGGAAUCUUGGAUUGAAAUUGAGAACAGAAUGGUUGCAUUCAUGUGCUUCUGAGUUGAAUAACUCUAUUCCCGGUUAUGCUAACUUGAAUGUUGCUGAGAAAGGGAGGCUCAUUUUCGAGCAGUUUUUGUUUUCUGAUAUGAAUUUAUCUGGUGGUGGUUUGCUUCCUGAAAAUGUUCAUACUUUGCAUCUAGUUGAUCUUCCGGGUCCAUUUGUUCUUCAGGUUGAUGAGAUAGUUAAUAUAAGUUGUCAUCUACGAGAUAGGUAUCAGAAUGUUCCUGCAGGGAUCAAGAGGUGUCUUAAGUUGUCUAUGACGGAUGGUGUUCAACGUGUAUUUGGCAUGGAGUACAGACCUAUCAAUAGUCUUCAAGUUUUAGCUCCUGCUGGUUUGAAGGUUGUCAUCCGUAAUGUAAAUGUUCGGCGUGGGCUUCUAAUGCUGGUGCCUGAAGUCUUGGAAGUACUUGGUGGAGUGGUGGAAGAUUUGGAAAUUGCACGCAAGAAAUUAGUUGAAGAAGUAAAUAAGCCUCCUAGGGGUAAAAGAACGCGGACAGGGGUUGUUCAUCCUUUGGCUUCUAGAGCUACUAUUGCUGCUUGGAAACCUGAUGAUGUUGACGAUGGUGCCAAUGGUGUUGGAAAUAGUGCCAUUGCUGACAAUUCAACUUUGCAGGAUGCGAUUCCCUCUAGAUCAUCUACCCAAGGAACUCCAUAUGCGCCAUCUUCUAACAACACCUUUAUAAGGUCAAGGGGAACGACCGACCAAGUGUCUGGAUUUCCCAAUAGGGCUUCCAAUGUUGAAGGUGAUCCAAUAUCUAGAACUGCAAGUGCCCCAUCUGCCACCAACACCUUUGGAAGGUCAAGAGAAACGACCCAACAAGAGACUGGAAUUUCCAAUAGGGCAUCCAAUGUUGAAUGCAACACGGCAUCUAGAGUUGCUGCUGGGUUUAAUGAAAUCAAUAUGGUUGAUGCUACUGCCCCAUCUGCCACCAACACCUUUAGAAGGUCAAGAGAAACGGCCCAACAGGAGGCUGAAAUUUCCAAUAGGACAUCCAGUGUUGAAUGUAACACGACAUCUAGAGUUGCUGCUGGGUUUAAUGAAAUCGAUAUGGUUGAUGCUACUACCCCAUCUGCCACCAACACCUUUAGAAGGUCAAGAGAAACGACCCAUCAGGAGACUGAAAUUUCCAAUAGGGCAUCCAAUGUUGAAUGUAACAGGGGAUCUAGAGUUGCUGCCGGGUCUAAUGAAAUCAAUAUGGUUGAUGCUACUGUGGCUAUGUCUGAAAUUGAUAUCACAGAAGAAGAGUUUGCUGUCCCCAGUAGGAGGCCAAACAUAGAAUGUAACCCAUCCUCUAACGCUGUUCCUUAUGUUGGGGAAAUUGCUAUAGACAACUCACACAGAUUAACUGGAGAUAAAGAGAUUCCUUUUACAUACUUGGCUAGUUUGUUGUCUGAUUGGGCCGUGAAGAUGGAUGGCGCACCAUUCAUCCGGGGUAAAAUCAAGUGUGUCAUGACUGGCGUAAGAGGAUUCCAGCUUAAGAAUAGGACAAAGUAUGAGCUUCUCGUUUAUGCUGAUGAUGGGAGCCUCAUUUCCGAGGUUUGCAUCGACCACAAUGUUGUGCAAACUCGAAUAGGUCAUUCUCCGGAGGAGGUUAAUGCUGCUCUCUCUUCUCCAGACAAGAACAUAGUUGGUAAGAUGAGGGAGACCAUGAUGGCAUUUCAGACCAUUUUGUCCAAUUUUGAGGGUACGUUGCUGGUAGAGAUGAACAAAAACUCUACUGUCCCUGUUGUCCUUGAGAUGAACGAGGGCAGUUCAACAUCUGAUGCCUGGUGGCUUCUGAGACGACUUGACUUGUUCACAUCUCCGCAAACCCCACAGCAUCAUCAACUAGAACCCAUUGCAAUAUCACCUUAGGGUGGAAUGAAGCCACUGAGAAUGGAUCUCCAUCAACAGAAGUUGAAUCUCCAUUUACUUCUGAACAUUCAGCCAAGAGCACCAGAAUGCUUUUCUUGAAACCCAAGAACAAAUUGUGAGAUGCAUUUGGCAUUACAUGCACAUUCGUCAUUAGUCCCAGUGAUUUCUGGAAAAAGGAAUGAUUGAGCUUGUAAAUUACUAGCCGAAUCCGUUAGGUGCAUGCCGAGAGACGAAAUAUAAAAGGUACCUUUUGCACAAGAUUCAGGGACAGGGUGUUUGUUCUUCCGGAUGAGGUACUGUUGGCAUGUUAAAUAUCCGAACCCAAAAAACACCUGAUUACCGUCGAUGCAUAUAUAACAAGAUGAUUUGGGACAAAUAACUGCAUAAGAUUCUUCUAGUUUAUUCAAAGGUUUAAAGGAAAAAAUACCCCCAAAUCUAGUGUUCUAUUUUGCUUUGCUUGGUUCUGGAUACUUUUUUCAUCUAAUGAUC